AUGUGGGGUUUCGCGCUCGAGCCGACGAAGCGUAUCGGAGGCGUGUCGCCUCCUCGCCGUCCGAUCAGGCAUCGACCCGGGGCGUCCAGGAAAGCCAGCGGAAUUUUGGGCUGGAUUCCCGGUGGAGCUGGUAACAGCUGGCGAACGAUCUGCUCGCCGGUAAUCGCUCUCGUGGUGAUCUGGCUGCUGGGAAUGAUCAUCUGGAACAGCGGGAUCAUCAGCCUUAAGAAGCAAACCACAGCUCCAUCCGACUCACCUACUGGUCUGGACGCAUCGUCUGAAUACGGCGACGAUGCUGCUUCUAUGGGGGAUGGUUCCACUGAUGACAGCUCAGAUCUCACUCCCUCCUUUACCAAUAAGAUGUCGUCUGGUGGAGGAUACGGGGGAGGCUUGGGAACAGGCUCGAGAGCAGGAUCGGGAGCAGGAUUCGGAGCAGGCACGGGAGCAGGUUCGGGAGCAGGAUUUGGGGCAGCGGAUGAGGGUAUGGAUUCCGAGGAUGGGGACGGGGAGACAGGCCUGGCGUCGGGAUUCCCAAGGUCCACUAGCACCACUGGCGCUGGUCGGUUGGGGGGUCUGAAUUCAGGAGAUUCAUCCAGAACUUCCGCCUGGAAUGCCCCUGGUGGUGGCAACAGGGGCGGGUUGGGGGCAAGUGGAGGGGAUGAUGAGGAUGACAUGAUGGGAAGUGGUGGGAGUGGUGGGUCGAGGGAUGGAUUUGGCUCCAGCAGCAGCAGCAGAGACGGUAUGUGGGGUGGUAGCGGCAGUGGUGGUGCUGGUAGAUUCGGGGGAGGUGGUGCUGGGGCAGGCGGAAGCAGGUGGGGAGGGGGAGGCGCGUCCACAUGGGGUGGAAGAGGGGGGUCGGCGGGUAUGUCCGCAGAGGAUGAGGAUGAGGAUGGGAAGGGGAGCGCUGGUGGUGGUGGGCUCGGGGUUUCCAGCAGUCGUGUGCCUAAAACGGGGUCAAGAUCGUGGGGAAUGGAUGAUGAGGGGGAUAUGGAGACUGCUGUCAGUGGGAAUAGGGGCGUGGAGUCGGCUCAACUAGAUGACGAGGAGGAGGAAGAGGAGGGCAUGUCGACUCACCGGCUGCGCAACGUGGCGUUCCUGCGCAUCCCAGGGACGCCCGUGACGGGGCAGCGAGUGCUGGACUUUGAGCGCCAGCUGGCGUGUGUGUCGCGCGACGGGCUGUGGGCGGUGAACUCGACGCCAAGGUGGAUGCCGUGGGACCUCAACCCGCUGAGUAUUGAUCGCCAGCCCAACUACCGCUCCUGCGACCUGCUCUUUGCCAAAAGGUGCGGCGUGGUGCCGCAAGAACGGGCGGAGUGUUUGGGGCGCAGCGGAGAGGGCGAGGCGAACUUCCAACGCAAGGGCGGCAUGGCGGGUGCGCAAGGAGCUGCUGAAGGGCGGAGUGUUUGGAGCAGCAGCGGAGCGCGCACGGAGGUUGCCCAAUGCAAGAGCGGCAUGGCGGGUGCGCAAGGAGCUGCUGUACCAGUGGCGCCCUGCCAGCCGCCUCCGCUGCCCCUCCCACCCGUUCCACCCACCACACUAGCUGAUUUCCAAACCGCCCCAAAACAACAUGCUUGCUUCCUGCUCCCGCCCUCCUCCCCACCUAAUGAACCCUCCCGUCCCUUCAGGAAGGGAGGUGUGUUUGGGGCGGCUGCAGAGCGGGCGAGGCGAUCCCCUAACGCAAGGGCGGCAUGGCGGGUGCGCAAGGAGCUGCUGUACCAGUGGCGCCCCGCCAGCCCCCGCCGCUGCCCCUUCCAGCAGUUUGACCGCGCGGGGUUCUGCCGCGCUGUGAGGGGGCGCAACGUGGUGGUGGUGGGAGACGCGUUCAGCCUGGACUGGCACGACUCUCUUCUGAACCACCUCGUCACUGCGGGCACUAAGAACAAGGCAGGGCAACUGGGCGAUGCCUGGGGGCGCAACGUGGUGGUGGUGGGGGACGCGUUCAGCCUCGACUGGCACGACUCUCUGCUCAACCACCUUGCCACUGAGGGGACCAAGAACAAGGCAGGGCAGCUGGGAGAUGCCUGGGCCAACGUCACCGAGGGGGCGUGCUUUGAAAGGGGUCACCGCCUCUGCACCGACGUCCCCCUUAUUCCCCCUUCCACCCCCACCACCACUGCUGUUGCUGCUGCUGCUGCUGCUGCUGAUGAUGACUCCUCAACACUUGGUGACCCUGACUCUGAUCCUGCCACUGCUAGUGCUGCUAAUGCUGGUCGCUUCACCGCUGGUGGUUCGGCUGCUGGUGGCGGUGGUGGCAGUGGCGGUGGUGCUGGUGGCAGUGGACUUGGAAUAGGCGGUGCUGGUCGCCGUUCUCGCUUCGGGGCUGCUGCUGAUGCAGCUGCGGACGACACAGGGGGAGAGGACCGGCAGGACAGGGGCGAGGAGGAGGGUGCAAGGGGGGGGCAGGAAAGUAAGGAGUUGGGUGUGGUGGGUGGACUGAGAAGUGGGUUUCAGAGGAAGGGCUGGGGACGAGGCAGAGGGCUGGCUGGGAGAGUGAGGGCUGGCGACUGGGAGGGGGACGAGAGGAGUGGGGAGGCUGCUGGGCUGGGAAGCAGAGAACGGAGUGAGAGUGGUGAGGGCGAAGGGGAGUCGACAGGAUUCACGAGAGUGGAAGAGGAGGAAGGUUUGGGAGCAGGAGGCGGGAGUGGGCGAGCAGGGAGGACUGGGAGGAAGAGGAGGGCAGUCGGGAGGCAGGGGGGUGGAGGGGAUGUGCUGAACCAGGGGGUGAGUGAGUCAUUGAGCAACAAGGAGGGCGGCACUGGUGGUGUGGUGCUGAGGAGGAGGAGGAUGGCGGGGUUCAAUCUGCGGGUGGUGCUGAACGCUUUUGCAGCGCCGGACACGGGGCGGCCCACGCGGCUCAACAACCGCUGGCUGAAGCGCCUCAAGAAGUGGAAGACCAGCAUCCUCGUGCUCUCCCGCACCCCGGCCUUUGGCGACAGUGAGUGGAAGAAUGGGGGGGAUGGGGUUGAGGAGAAGGAGCUGAUGCUGCAGGAGGUGAGGGAUACAUUAGAAGCUGUGAGGGACCUGUAUCCGGACAUGCUCGUCAUCUGGCGCAGCGCCGUGGGCGGCCAUCCCAGCUGCCAGCACUUCACUCGCCCGCUCAGGACCCGGCCCGUCCUGCUGGCAGCCAAGGGGAAGAUUCCCGACGUGUGGCUCCGGCACGCCGAGAUGAACGCCGCUAUCAGACCGCUGCUCAAGGAGUACGGGGCAGUGUACAUGGACGUGGACUCGGCCACCUCCCUUCGCCCCGACGGCCACCACGAGCGCAUGGACGGCAGCAUCAACUGCCAUCACUACUGCAUGCCCGGCCCCCUUUCUGUUGGUGGUGGUGCUGCUGGUGGUGGUGGUGGUGGUAGUGUGUACAUGGACGUGGACUCAGCCACUUCCCUUCGCCCCGACGGCCACCACGAGCGCAUGGACGGCAGCAUCAACUGCCACCACUACUGCAUGCCCGGCCCGCUCGACCACUGGGAGUACGGGGCAGUAUUCAUGGACGUUGACUCAUCCACCUCCCUUCGCCCCGAUGGCCAUCACGAGCGCAUGGACGGCAGCAUCAACUGCCACCACUACUGCAUGCCCGGCCCGCUCGACCACUGGUUCACCCCUCUUACUCCCACGUCACUGCUCUUCACCGUUCUUCCCCCCACUUCACCCCUCUCUCCCACCUUCACCCUGUUCCCUCCCCUUCCUCCACCUAUCCCAGCCUGCACCAACUUCUCGGCGUGCAUCCCAGGGACGCGCAUUCGCGGCGAAGAAGCAGUGGCCGAAGCACAGCAGGAGGUGUCGUGUGUGGCGGAGGACGGCAAGUGGGUGCGCUUCAACACGCCCCGCUGGCUGCCGUGGUCCCGCGACCCACACACCAACCCACGCGCGCCGCACUACGGCACUUGUGACCUGCUACACGUGAACGAGACCGGGGGCAAGGGCAUGUACGGCUUUGCAGCGGACAAGUUUCGGAAGAAUCCAGGAGACCGGGAGUGGCACGUGCGGGCGGAGCUCAAGUACCAGUGGAAGGCCAACCGCUUCUGCCCGCCGUUCAUGGGGUUCAACCGGCACAAGUUCUGUGCGGCGGUGGGGCAGCGCAACGUGCUGUUUGUGGGGGACACCACUCAGCUGGCGCUGCACGACGUGUUUCUCAACCACGUCACUACCAUCGCCACUCAGAAGGAAAUCGGAGACAUCGCUGACGCCUGGACGGCGCCCAACAACCAGCCGGCGUGUGCAAUCAACAACCCCCACGUGGUGUGCUCCGACAUCGUCCCAGGGGGAUUCACCUUCCGUGUCGCCCACAACAACCUGCUCACGCCCGACUCGCCGGGGGGGGGAGCGUUCAACCAACGUUGGCUGGGACACCUGAGGAAAUGGAACAUAUCGAUUGUGGUUCUCAACAAGGGCUUCGAGCACCGCCCCACACCGGUGUACCUGAAGACGCUCCGUCAGACCCUCACGAAAUUCCGACAGGUGGCGCCUGACACCCUGCUGAUAUGGCGAUCCACGUGGCGUGGCCACGAGGGUUGUGAGAAUGCCACAGAGCCGCUGGCAGCGCCGCCCGAUAAUGCUACCCGGGCUGGUCCGUGGGCAUUCGUACUGGAGCAGAACGAAGCAGUGCGAGAUUUGAUCCGGGAAUUUGGUGGCGUGUACAUGAAUCUGGAUUUCUCCUUGUCAAUGCGACCAGAUGGGCACCUACGGCAACUGAAUGGCCUCACAGAUUGCUACUACUACUGCUUGCCUGGUCCUGUUGACCACUUCAUGCGCCUUCUUUACAACUACCUCCUCAUCCUUGAUAGCAAAGGACCAGUUUCGCUGGCUCAAGGAGGGUCUAAAACUUAA